UGAGAUCCACAGUCAGUGCUCCAGCAUCGUCUGCAUCGAAGGGUUAUUGACGUUAUCCAGUUAUCGACAAUUCAAGAUGAAGGCAAUCAUACUUUGCAGUUUGAUUCUGGGAAUCGCAAAUGCCCUUUACAUUGACGGCGAAGAGGAAGAUGGAUAUGGAGGCUAUGGAUACAAAGUGGUAAAAGGACCACCAGGACCUCCAGGACCAGCAGGGCCAGCAGGACCAAUGGGACCCCCAGGUGCCCCAGGCGAGGAAGGACGAAAAGGGCGACCAGGCAGACCAGGCAGACCAGGAAAAAGAGGACGACCAGGACGACCAGGAUUAGACGGACUACCAGGUCGUCCAGGGAAGCGUGGAAGACCAGGUCGCCCAGGUAGACCAGGUUUUCCAGGAAGACCAGGAAGACCAGGAAGACCCGGUAAGAAGGGACAACCCGGAUUUGACGGAGCACCCGGACCAAGAGGACCUGGGGGACCCCGCGGACCACGCGGCAGGCCAGGAAGACCAGGCAAGAAGUACGGGUACUCAAAGAAACUUCACUAAUAACUGGGAUGUUCCAAAUACACACUGAAAGUUAAAUGUACGAGACUGCCUUGUGACAAAGAAUGUAGUUUAAUUCCUUAAUUUAUUGAAUAGUUUGAAUGACGUAUUUGAAAGGAUAUCUUUCCAUUAAAAGCAAUUGAAC